UCCAACACUUUUUCCUUCCCUCCCUCCUCUUCUUCUUUUCUUUCUUUCUUCUUCUUCUUCUUACGAGGGGGUUUCUUCCUUUCUCCGUCAGCGUAUUGGAAUGGUGGAGUCGACUGAGCAUCAGCAACUGGCGGCCAUUCUCGGUCCUGAGCCCGCCGCCACUUUCCAAACCGUAAUCUCCCACUUAAUCUCCUCCCCCUCCUCUUUGCAAACCCUAAUCUCCGACCUCAUCUCCUCCGAGAAGCGGUCCGAGGCCGAGCUCGUCUUCAACAUCUGCAAGCAGGCCGAUCCCGAGUCGCUUUCUCUCAAACUCGCUCAGCUUCUCCAGGUCUCUCCCGACGAGAAGACCCGAGCCAUGUGCUCCAUUCUCCUCCGGAAGCAACUACUCACCCGCGACCUGUGGCGAAGACUCUCUCCUAACACCAUAUCCACCCUCAAACAUACUCUAUUAUCUUGUAUUCAACGCGAGGACACCCCAACAUCGAUUUCGAAGGCCAUCUGCUACGCCGUGUCGGAGCUCGCCUCCGCAGAGUUAGAGUUGUUGGGCGGCGAAGGCUGGCCAGAGCUCUUGCCCUUUCUGUUCCAAUCCACCUCUUACGAUGCGCCGCCGAAGCUUCAGGAAUGUUCCUUCUUGAUUUUCGAUCAGCUCGCGGACUUCUUUACCCCGUUUAAGAAGGAAUUACACACCGUCUUCUUGUACUGUUUGAGCUCCUCCACAAGGUCAGAUGAAGUUAAGAUAGCUGCGUUUAGUGCUGUGGUCAAUUUCAUUCGGUGUUUGCCCUACUCUGAAGAUGAGGAUAGGUUUGACGACGUCUUGAUAGAAAUGAUGAGAACAGUGAUGGGGGAAUUGAACAAAGGGAAGGAGAUCAUGGCACAGGAGGCGAUCAAGUUGUUCAUUGAAUUGGCCGGGACCCAUCCGACGUUGCUCAGCCGCAACGGGCAGAUCAUCCGGGCUAUGCUGCAGAUUGCUGAAGCCAUAGAUGUCUUGGAACAAGGGACGAGGCACUUGGCCAUUGAGUUUCUGAUUACUCUGGCCGAGGCCGGAGAGCGUGCACCAUGGAUAAUGAGGAGGUGUCGGGAGUUUGUUGGUCUACUUUUUCCCAUUUUAAUGAGGAUGGUUUCAAAUGUCAAAGAUGAUCCCUCAUGGCAUACAGCUGAGACUGAUGAUGACAUUGCCUUGGGUGUGAGUGGUGAUUACUGUGUUGGGCAGGAGUGUUUGCGUAGGCUUGCCAUUGCCUUGGGUGGCAAUAACAUUGUUCCAAUUGCGUUAGAACACUUUACUUCCCAUUUUGCUGCACCCGAGUGGCCCAAGCAUCAUGCGGCAUUGAUUGCCCUUGCUCAAAUCGCUGAGGGUUGCUCUGAGGUAAUGAUAAAAGAUUUGGAGCAAGUGGUGGCAAUGGUUUUGAACUCCUUUGAACAUCCACAUAUUCGGGUAAGGUGGUCAGCUAUUAAUGCAGUUGGCCAGUUGUCUACUUAUUUGGCCCCAGACCUGCAAGUUCAAUAUCAUCAACAGGUGUUUUCUGCACUGAAUGCCACUAUAUAUGGUUUGCAGAAUCGUCGUCUGCUGGCACAUGCUGCUUCAGCACUGCGAAAAUUCAUUGAGAAAUGUGCUAGGGAUAUCUUGACACCUUAUUUGGAUGAAGUGGUUUCCCAAUUGGUUGUACUUUUGCAGAGUGAGAUACAAAUGGUGCAAGUAGAAGCAUUGACUGCUUUGGCAUCAGUUGUUGUUUCAUUUCCGGAGCAAUUCCAAAAAUACUAUGAAGUUCUCAUGAUUCCCCUGAGAGUUAUGUUGUUGGAUGCCAAUAAUAACCCGGUUUGGUCCAAGUCCGUGGCGUGUAUUAGCUUGGUUGGUAUGGCUGUUGGAAAGGAGAAAUUCAGGGAUGAUGCUAAGAAAGUCAUGGAGGUGCUGAUGUCUUUGCAAGGAUCUCAAAUGGAGCCAGAUGACCUAACUACAAGCUGCAUGCUACAGAUAUGCGCUGACCUCUGCAAGUGUCUAGGACAAGAUUUCCUUCCGUACAUGAGUGCUGUUAUGCCUCCUUUGCUUCAGUUUGUUCAAAUUAAGCCUGUUGAAACUGUUACCUCUGCAAAUGACAAUUGUGAUAUGGAUGAAUCUGAUGAUGAAAGUAUGGAAACAAUUACUCGUGGAGAUAAAAGGAUUAGAAUCAAGACUAGUGUAUUGGAGGAAAAAGUUACAGCUUGCAAUUUGCUGUGUUGCUAUGCUGAUGAACUGAAGGAAGGAUUCUUUCCAUGGAUCGAUCAGGUUGCCCCAACGUUAGUUCCACUUAUAUUUUAUAUCCAUGAAAAAGUGAGGAAGUCUGCUGUUUCAGCAAUGCUGAAGCUACUGCUUACUGCAAAGUUAGCUGUAGACAGAAGGCAAGCUGAAGGUUGUAAUGAAAAGUAUUUAAAGCGAUUCACUGACUACAUCAUUCGAGCUCUGAAGUUACGUAAGGAAGAUGAUUCUGAAAUCUGCAUAAAUAUAUUGGAUGCUAUAAAAGAAUUUAUACAGAUCUUUGCAUCCACUCUAGAUGAAAGCCAUGUCAAAUCCAUCAAGGAGAUAAAGCAGGUGAGUACUCGUUCAAGUCAGAAAAGAAAGAGAGCAGAAAGGACCUCAGCAUAUGAUUUUGAUGAUGAGGAAAGGAAGGCGAUGAAAGUGGAAAAUUAACCAGAGGACCAAAGUUUUUGAUCUUAAUAGACACAUAAUUAUUGUAAUCUCAUAAAUUUGUUUGCUUGUAAUUCCUAAUUUAAAUUUAGUUAUUAAGGCAAACCACACUGUCAAAUUAUUGUCAUGGUUGGAACUUGGAAAUAGUAGACCUGCUAU